AUGUCUAAUUCGACGGUGCAAGUUUUAAUGAAAAAGGGCAAGCGAGGUGCAGCUGCGUAUAUCCAUGCGGAUUGCGCGAGUGGUUCACCACAACACCUGGGCCCACUGCUGGACGUCCUCCUAAACCCGAGUAAAGCCAUAGACGAGUGGGAAACCAUUGAUUGGUGUAGGUGGCUUUUAGCUGGAGGCAGAACUCCUGAUGAAUUUGCAGCAGUUGUGCGCAGCUACGACAAACAUGACAAGUGCGGCCUCGUGUGGAUACCUCGCGUGGUCGCGUACAGGUGUCGGACCUGCGGCAUUUCGCCGUGCAUGUCCAUCUGUCGUGAGUGUUUCCACCGCGGCGACCACUCGACGCACGAUUUCAACAUGUUCCUGUCGCAGGCCGGUGGCGCUUGCGACUGCGGAGACAAUUCCGUCAUGAAGGAGGACGGCUUCUGCAGUAACCAUGGCAACAAAUGUCCAAGACCCGGGACAGCCCCAGCGGAGCUGAUGUGCGUGGCUGAAGCUAUGAUGCCGCGUCUCAUACUCCGGUUGCUGCAGCACUUUAGGGAAAACAGUGAUGGCGGCAGCUCUGACAAUUAUCGCGUGGCGGUGCAAGAGUGCGAGGGCUACGUCCAAAUGUUGAUGGAGUUCAACAACAUGGGUGACCUGAUGCGGUCCGCCAUGACAAAGGCGCUUAUCAACCCACAGAUGUACCGGAACCUCGUGGAAGGCCCCUUCCCGGAGACGGAGUACGGACGGUACAUGGCGGACUCCAAUCGAAUGUACGAGAAGGCGAUCGAGAGUUUCCCUGCGCCGGAGCCGCCUGACGAGUAUCGGCACCUCCCUGCCCUAUCUCCAAGGUUGCAGCAUAAGACUUUACUAGAGGAGUUUAUAUUCUGGACUUUUAAGUACGAGUUCCCGCAGAAUGUUGUCUGUUUGCUGCUCAAUAUGUUACCGGACCAAGAUUACAAGGAGCACCUAACGCGAACCUUCGUCCUCCACUACGCGCGUAUACCCCUAGUACUCGAGAACUCGGCGGACCCGGACACGCUGUCCAACCGCGUCGUCCACAUGUCCGUCCAGCUGUUCUCCAACGAGGCGCUGGCGUUGCGCUGCGUCCAGCACCUGCAUCUACUCCACGUGAUGGUGCUCUCCCUGCGUCUGAUGAUGGGCAAGAUCCUGGUGCCGAACACGCUGCACGACCCAAACAGAAACCGCCACCAGGUCAUCGAUUGUACCAAGCGCGUGAUGAAGGAGCACUGCUAUUGGCCGCUGGUCUCCGAUUUUAACAAUGUCCUCUCGCACCGCAGUGUGGCUCUCCUCUUCCUCCAGGAUGAUGCGCUGGUGAACAUGUGGUUCGAGUUCCUGUCUAUGCUCCAAGGCAUGAAUGUCAACGUGCGUGAAACGGCCGGUCACAUAGAGUUUGAGCCGUCUUCUUACUACGCGGCCUUUUCUUGUGAAUUGGAAGCAGCAGCGUACCCAAUGUGGAGCGUGCUGUCGCACUUGAAUGCGCCGGAGCAUGCGCCGCGCGCGCGCCGCAUCGUGCACGCGGCCCUCGCUUACUUACAGCAGUGGCUGGCAGCUGUCGGAUGCACUAAACCCUCGUCAAGGUCUCGCUCUCUCCACGCGUCGUUUCAUUUCCCCCUACAUCGGUACUUGGCCGCGUUUCUCUGCGCGGCUGUACGCGGCAUGCGCGUGCGCGCCGCCGACCUGCUCCCGCAGCCGGAAAUGCUGGCUCUACUCGCCGCGCAUCCGCUACGAGUACAGGUAAGCACGAAACGCUUUUUACGCGUCAAUAUGUUUAUAGAAUAG